AUGAGUGGCCGGCACGGAUCGGUCUUCAGCCCCAAGAAGCCCUCGCCGGACGAAGAAGAGGGCGAGGCCUCCGCCGACACCACGCUGAUCGACCUCGAGGAGUAUCUCCAGAACCGAUCCCGCGAGCGCGGCAAAGAGGCGGGAAUAAUACCCAAGAAGAUUGGCGUUUCCUUCCGCGACCUGACGAUCUCAGGGUACGCCGGCGCGGGCUGGGUGCUGGUCGAGACGUUCCCGCAGAAGCUGCUCUCGCUGUUUGGGUGGGAUAUCGUCAAGUAUGCGCAGAGGUUGCUGGCUCCGGCGCCACAGGAAAAGCCCAUCAUUCAGGGCUUCAGUGGUGUCGUCAAGCCCGGGGAGAUGUUGCUGGUUCUGGGGAAACCUGGGUCCGGUGCUUCGACUUUCUUGAGGGCGUUGACGAAUCAGCUCAGAGCUUAUACUAAGAUCGAUGGCGACAUUAACUACGCCGGCCUGCCUUUUGAGUUGGCUCUGGGACAGUUUAGAGGAGAAAUUCUCUACAAUGACGAAGAGGAUACACAUCUGCCAACCUUAUCGGUGGAGCAGACCCUUCGAUUUGCGCUGAGGGCAAAAACACCACAUACGAGGCUUCCAGGAACCUCUCGUAAGGAAUUCGUCUCGGAGAUGCUGAACCUCUUCGCCACCAUGUUCAAGAUGAAGCACGUCCUCAACACCAUGGUAGGCAACCAGUUCAUGCGGGGAGUCAGUGGCGGUGAGCGGAAGCGAGUAUCGAUCAUGGAAGCCUUGGCCUCGCGGUCGACCAUCAAUGCCUGGGAUAACAGCACGAGAGGACUCGACAGCUCCACUGCCGUCGACUACAUCCGCUCUCUGCGGAUCCUGACCAGCAUCCAACAGUCAACCACCAUCGUAACCUUGUACCAAGCCGGAGAGCAGAUCUACAAGGAGUUCGACAAGGUGUGUCUCAUCCACGAAGGCCGUCAGAUAUUCUUUGGUAAAGCCUCGGAGGCUCGUCGCUAUUUUGAGGAUUUGGGAUUCGCCGCCACUGCCCGCAUCACCACGAGCGAUUUCCUCACCACCAUCACCGACGCAAAGACUCGGCGUAUCCGCCCGGGUAUGGAGGGCAGAGUACCGCUCACAGCCGAGGCCCUCGAAACAGCAUUCAAGAGCAGCAAAUUCUGGCCCGAGUUGCAGGCCGAACUGGAGGCAUACGAUCGGGAACGGCAGGAGACCUCGGCGGCAGACACGCGAGACUUCAGACAAGCCGUGGUGGCUGAAAAAUCGCGGCGUGCGCCCAAGGGAUCGCCCUACACCGUCUCGUUCCCCAUGCAGGUAUGGUAUCUGACCAAGCGGGAGCUUCAGCUGCAACGACAAGAUGUCAUUGCGCUGCGAAGUAAACUGAUCAAUGUCGUCAUCCUCGGCCUGUUGAACGGCAGUCUUUUCUACAACAUCAAGCGGACAUCGGAAGGUGCAUUCUUCAUCGGCGGUGUGCUCUUCUUCAAUAUCAUCAUUGUUUCCUGGAUGCAGAUCUCGGAGACUAUCUUCAUGGUCAUGGGAAGAAACAUCAUGGCGAAACAGAAAGCCUUUGCGUUUUACCGACCGGCCGCUUUGAUACUCGCCCGGACGCUCGCCGAUCUGCCCUUGUUGGCUGUUCAGACUGUGAUCUUCACUCUCAUCCUUUACUGGAUGGCUAAUCUUGUCGCCGAUGUUGGCAAAUUCUUUACCAAUCUGUUGUUUGUCUUUACUACCGUGAUCUGUGUUACCGCGUUCUAUCGCGUGGUUGGUGCGUUCAGUAGGGACAUCAACAUCUCCAUUCGACUUGCAUUCAUCGGACUCAAUGUCAUCGCCCUGUUCGCGGGUUACAUGCAGCCGUAUCAGGCCAUGAAGUCUUGGGUGUACAAAUGGAUCUACUGGGCCAACCCAUUGAUGUACAGCAUGGAAGCCGUGAUGGUAAACCAAUUCCAUGGGAUGGAGCUCGAAUGUUCACCAUCCCACAUCAUCCCGGGAAUCCCCGGAAUAUCUACGGCGAACCAAGCCUGCAAUCUGGCCGGAGCGAGACCUGGCUCCCUGACAAUCUCCGGAACGGACUACAUCAAGACCUUCGGCUACGACCCAUCGCACCUGUGGCGCAACUUCGGCGUCCUUAUCGCCUUCACCGUUCUCUACAUCAUCGUGGCCAUGCUCGGAGUCGAAUACAUGGAUUUCGGUGCUGGCGGAGGGUCUAUCAAGAUCCUUACGAAGCCACCGCCUGUCGCAGCCGAGGAACCUCCCACUGUCGAAGAGAAGCAGGAGUCGUCGGCACUGGCAAACGACACCGAGAAAUCGAUGGAUAUCACACGCCGAGUCACCACCGUCAAAGCUAAGGGUUCGUUCUUCACGUGGAGAAAUGUCGAUUACUCUGUUGGAGAUGUACAGCUCCUGCACGGUGUCAACGGCUACUGCAAGCCUGGCCGUCUGACUGCGCUCAUGGGCCCUAGCGGCGCGGGAAAGACUACGCUGCUGGAUAAUCUGGGCAUGCGGAAACGUGUUGGUGUCAUCUCCGGAGAGCUGAGGAUGGAUGGAAGGGAACUGGCGCCGGACUUUGGGAGGAGUACAGCAUUUGUGGAGCAGCAGGAUGUUCAUGAUGAGAUGUCGACCGUAAGAGAAGCAAUGAGGUUCAGUGCCCUCCUACGGCAACCGGCGAGCGUUUCGAAAGAAGACAAGUACAAAUUCGUGGAAGAGAUCAUCAAGCUCCUCGAGCUCGAAUCACUCGCCGAUGCGAUCAUUGGGUCGCCGGGGUUCGGACUCUCGGUCGAGGAAAGGAAGCGGGUCACUAUUGGAGUAGAACUAGCAUCUGCGCCUUCCGAGCUGUUAUUCCUGGAUGAGCCAACAUCUGGGCUGGAUGCCAACGGUGCACUCUCCAUCGUCCGGUUCCUCAGGAAACUGGCAGAUGAGUCCGGUAUCGCAAUCUUGGUGACGAUCCACCAGCCGAGUGCUGUAUUGUUCCAGGAGUUCGACGACUUGCUGCUUCUGGCGCGCGGCGGAAAGGAGGUCUAUUUCGGACCGAUCGGAGACGCUGGCCAGACCGUAAUCGACUAUUUUGAACGCAACGGAGCAGCCGCCGCACCCGCAGACGCGAACCCCGCGGAAUACAUACUGGAUACAAUCAGGGUUCCAGCCGGGCCUCAGGGCUGGACGGAGACCUGGGAUUCCUCGCCGCAGAACAGCGCGCUGUUGGAGGAGAUCAAGACCAUCAUCACCACCAGAAAGAACAUUCCCCUAUCUCGCGAGCUGAGAACCCAGGAGUACGCCAUGCCGCUGUCGACCCAGAUAGUGGCCUUGACGGAACGAGUCUGGCUGCACUACUGGCGCGACGCAUCCUACGGCUACUCCAAGUGUUUCUCGGGCCUCUCGAUGGCCCUCGUGGCCGGUGUGCUCUUCCUGCAGUCCGGCAAUAGCGUCAUCGAGAUGCAAUCGCGCACCUUCGCGGUGUUCCUCGUGCUGAUCCUGUCGCCCAUGAUCCUGACGGCGGUGCAGCCCAAGUUCCUGCAGCUCCGCACGCUCUACGAGACGCGCGAGCGAAACAGCAAGAUCUACUCCGCGCCCGCCUGGAUCACGGCGAUGGCACUAGUCGAGAUCCCCUACGCCAUCCUGAGCUCCGUGUUCUUCUUCCUGCCGUGGUACUACAUGAUCGGCCUGCCCAACAACGCGUCGAUCGCGGGGUACGUAUUCCUCUUCAUCAUGCUAUUCAACAUCUGGAUUCCACACAUCGCCAUGUGGAUCGCGGCGGUCUGUCCGGACCUGACCAUCGUCAACGUCGUGAACCCGUUCAUCUUCAUCGUCAACAACGGCUUCACGGGGAUCCUGGUCACAUACUACGCCCUGCCAACAUUCUACCGUUCCUGGCUCUACUGGGCAAACCCCCUCACCUGGCUGACCCGCGGCCUGCUCGCAAGCAUCAUGCACGAGCUGCCGGUGCGCUGCUCCGCCGCGGAGCUCGUGCGCUUCACGCUCCCCGCUAACACCACGUGCGGCGCGUUCGCGGGCGAAUGGCUACAACAGGCCUCGGGAUAUAUCGUCGAUAUCGACGCGGCUGAUGAGUGCCAAUACUGCAUCUUUGAAAACGGUGAUGAGUACUUGAAAACUAUCAACGUCCAGUUCGAAAACAGAUGGAGGGACCUCGGAGUCUUUUGUGUGUUUUUGGUCACGAAUUUGGUACUCGUGUACACGCUGUACUGGGCGUUUAGGGAGUAUAGGUGGAGCAGGCUCUGGGCGAGGGUUAGGGGGCGGGAGGUGAAGAAUUGA